AUGUUCUCCAAACAGGUUCUCGUUGCCGUACUGGCAGCAGCUGGUGCCGUCUCUGCGGCCGCCAACUGCACCCAGACGACUUUCACCAUCAACUCCCAGGCCGACUUCGACGAGAUCUCCAGCUGCACCACCCUUACGGGCGAUGUCACGAUCGGCACUAGCACGGAUGUUUCGAUCGAUCUGAGCGGUCCCAAGGCCAUCAAGGGUGACCUGACCCUGCUGAACAACAAGCUGAUCUCCACCCUCAAGAGCUCCAGCCUGCAGAGUGUGUCGGGUGCUUUCCACCUGCAGAAUCUGACGACGCUGUCGACGCUGUCGUUCACCACCCUGACGUCGGUCGGUUCGAUCAACUGGGUCUCUCUGAACGCCAUUGACGUCCUGACGUUCACGGCUGGUGUGACCAAGGCCGCGAGCGUCGUUAUCAGCGACACUUUCCUGAGCAGCCUGGACGGUCUUGAUGUUGCGUCUGCUAGCACCAUUGACAUCAACAACAACCGCCGCCUGAUCAAGUACACUUCGUCUCUGGGCAACCUGACUGAUCUCCUGAACAUCAACGCCAACGGUCUUAACCUGGAAGUCAGCUUCCCGAACCUGAUCUGGAUUGCCAACAUGACCGUUUCGAACGUGUCCAGCUUCAGCGUCCCGUCGCUGGCCACUGUGAACGGCUCCAUCCGCUUUGACUCCAACUUUUUCACUUCGUUCAGCGCACCGAACCUGACGAGCACCCAGACUGGCGAUGUGUCGUUCAUCAGCAACGCCGACCUGGCCAACAUCUCGAUGCCCCUCCUGAAGUCGAUUGCUGGUGGUCUGCAGAUUGCCAACAACACUGCCCUUCAGAAUGUCACCGGCUUCGCUGCCUUGAAGACCGUCGGUGGUGCUGUCAAGCUCCGCGGCAACUUCACUGAGGUUGAGCUGCCCAGCCUGGCUGAUGUCAAGGGUGCCUUCAACGUCGAGUCCACUGGCGAUAUCACUAGCUCGUGCGCCGUCUUCAAGAAGCUCGCUCCCUCGUCUGCCGGUGGCAACGGCGAUAUCCAGGGCACCUACACCUGCCAGAGCGACAACGCUAACGCCAACUCUGACACGUCUACCAGCACUGCUAGCAGCACGAAGUCGAGCAGCACUGCGAAGGCCACUGGCUCCAGCAGCGCAGCAACUGGCCUGGGCAUCAACGGUGUGGCCGUCGUCGGCCUUGCCGGUGUUGCCGCGCUGGCUCAGCUGCUGUAA